AUGCCAUAUCUUGAGCCUCCUCAGGAUUUAGCGGAUAAUUCUGAUUUAGCAACAGCUGGAGCUGGUACGUCUGCACGACAAGAAGUCCAGUCAAGUGAUUUACCCAGACAAGAUGAAGACCAAGCCAGUGAUUUACCUAGACGAGAUGAAAACCAUACUAAUGAUUUACCUGGACAAGAUGAAGAACAUGCUACUGAGGCACCUGGACAAGAUGAAGAACAUGCUACUGAGGCACCUGGACAAGAUGAAGAACAAGCUACCGAUCCAACAGAUGAUAUCAAUGGUAGCCAAUAUGAUGAUCUUAUCGACCUAGCACAGUCCAGUAAAUUCGUUAGCGCGAGGGAGUACUAUUGUUUCAAGUUGCAAAUCCGGAAGGGGCUCUUUAACAUCAUCUUGUUCGGGGGGCGCCUCUUCCAACAAUGGGCUGUUGAUAUGUACAUCAAGAUAGAAACUAUGAGGCUUGACUGGUACUCGAAGCCGAGCAAUCAAAAGACUAUACGAGCUGACCUCUACCAGGGUCUGGUUGACACCAUUGAUGCUGGCGAGGCACGUGGGGAUUGGAUUGGCAAAAGAAUCGUGCUCCCACGUACUUUUCCAGGCGGUGACAGAGACAUGCAGAGGAGGUUCCUUGAUGCUAUGGCUAUAGUCCAACGUUGGGGUAAACCGGAUUAUUUUAUCACAAUGACUUGCAACCCGUAUUGGAAGGAAAUAACAGAGAAACUAAUGCCCGGUCAGCUGCCACAAGAUCGUCCAGAUCUGAUGGCAGGAGUUUACAAGGCUAAGCAGCGAGAUAUGAUGGAUUUGUUGAUCAAGGAUAGCAAGUUAAAAACCCCAGAUGACUAUGAUCGGGUGAUAUCUGCUGAGAUACCAGACAAAGAGAAGUUCCCUGUUCUACAUGAUCUGCAAGGAAAAGAUUCAUAUCCCAUCUACAGAAGGAGGGACGACGGGUGUGUAGUUAAGAUCAGAGGAGCAGAAUUGGACAAUAGAUGGGUGGUCCCUUACAACCCUUUUCUUCUCAUGCGAUACAACUGCCACAUUAAUGUUGAAGCUUGCUCGAGCAUCAAGGCGGUCAAGUAUCUGUUCAAGUACAUCUACAAAGGACAUGAUAGAACAUCAUUUGCAUUCGAGAAGGAUGUCAUCAAUGCUGGGGGAAUCAUCAAUGAAAUUCGUCAGUAUAGGGAUCUUCAUUUGGAGAACAUGCAUACUGUUGCCUUCAAAGCAUGUGAUAAUUUGGAGGAUGUUGUUGCUAAACCAUCGUCUUCUAAAUCCAUGCUUACUGAGUACUUUGAUAUGAACCAUAAGUAUGCAGAGGCACGGAAAUGGCUUUAUAGAGAGUUUCCAGAACACUAUAGGUGGAUUAACGGAGAUAAGAAGUGGCAGAAGAGAAAAAAUAAGAGAUCACAGAUCGGACGACUGGUGUAUGCACACCCGGCCAAAGGAGAGAUGUACUACUUGCGAGUGCUCCUAAGUCAUGUGCGAGGUGCCUCUUCGUUUGAUGACUUAAAAACAGUAAAUGGCAAGUUGUGUGGUUCCUUCAGAGAGGCGUGUGAGCACUUAGGCCUCAUUGAGCAUGACAAGUCCAUUGAUGAUUGCAUGACGGAGGCAGCCACAUUUCAGAUGCCUUAUGCUCUUAGACGGUUGUUUGCAACUAUACUGGUAUUCUGCGAGGCAACAGAAAUCCGACAACUGUGGGACAAACAUCUAGCAUCGAUGUCUGAGGAUUACCGCCGCAAUCAAUCCAAUGAGGCGGCACUUGAGCAGAUGGUCCUUAGAGAUAUCAGGGAUCUUGUGCAAUCUAUGGGAAAGGAUAUUAAAAGCUAUGGACUUCCGGAUCUGGUUGAGACAGACGGUUCUUCUGACGCUGAUUAUAGAGAGGACAGAUAUUUUUUUGUUGAUGGUCCAAGAGGCACUGGGAAGACGUACUUGUACAAGGCUUUGCUUGCGAAGGUGCGUGACAUGGGCCUAAUAGCAAUUGCAACUGCUACAUCAGGUAUAGCUGCGUCAAUAAUGCCUGGAGGCCGAACUGCACACUCCAGGUUUAAAAUUCCAAUCAAGCUCACUGACUACAGCAUGUAUGGUUUCACAAAGCAGAGUGGUACAGCGGAGUUGCUUAAACAAGCGUCCUUGAUAAUUUGGGACGAAGUCGCUAUGACAAAGCGUCAAGCAGUUGAGACGCUUGAUAGAUCACUCCAAGAUAUAAUGGGAUGUCCUUUGCCAUUUGGGGGGAAGGUUGUUGUCUUUGGUGGGGAUUUUAGGCAGGUCCUUCCUGUUGUCACACGAGGGAUAAGAGCACAGAUCACCGAUGCAACACUGCUGAAAUCCUAUCUGUGGGAGAAGAUCCGCAAGAUUCGCCUCACACGCAAUAUGCGUGCACAGACUGACCCUUGGUUUUCUGAAUACCUCCUAAGGAUCGGCAAUGGAACAGAAGAGACAAUUAGCGACGACUAUGUGCGUCUCCCAGAUGACAUUGUGAUCGGCUAUACUGAGGAUGGGAAAGCAAUUAACAAACUCAUCGAAGAUGUCUUCCCAUCACUGCACGCCAAUGCUACCUCAAGGGAGUACAUGAGCACACGUGCAAUUCUUUCAACCAAGAAUGAGCAUGUGGAUGACCUCAAUGACAAAAUGAUCUCCAGGUUUCCAGGCGAGGAAAAGGUAAAGGUCAACUGCCCGGUCAUUCUGCUACGUAACCUAGACCCUCAUAAUGGCUUGUGCAAUGGAACACGGCUCAUGAUCAGAGCCUUCCAGGAUAAUGCAAUUGACGCAGAGAUUGUUGGUGGUCAGCAUGCUGGAAAGAGGGUGUUCAUACCUAGGAUCCCUAUGUCGCCCUCGGAGGAUACCUCACUUCCCUUCAAGUUUAAGAGAAAACAGUUCCCGAUCCGCCUGAGUUUUGCGAUGACCAUUAACAAGGCACAGGGUCAGACCAUCCCGAACGUCGGUAUUUACCUUCCCGAGCUCGUGUUCUCCCAUGGUCAGUUGUACGUUGCAUUGUCAAGGGGCGUCUCAAGGCAGACGACACGAAUUUUGGCCAAACCGAACAAGGAGUUGGGCACCUACAGGUUUCGUGAUCUGCUCAAGGACGAUGCUGAAUUUCUUGUAAUCGUGUGCUUUGUGGACGUUGAACUUGAUGAGCAUUCUGCCACCGCCAAAGUCAAAAACGAUUCGUCCCAUCGAAAGAAAAAAAAACAGUUCGACUGCGUCCUCCUGGUUCCCUACGGCUCCUUCCUCCACUGCGCCGCCCGGGCUUCGUUCACCGACCACGCCACCCCUGGCCCCUUCGUCCAUGCUGCUGAACCUGGUUCUGCGCUGCUCAAGGUCGCCGCCUGCUUCCCCUACUCCACCUCCCGCGUCAUUCGUCUGCUCAAAAAAUACACCACGGCCAGCGAGAUCCCAAUCCCGAGAUCUAUCUAG